AUGGGUUGCUGUAUGAGCACCACUACCGCUGAAAAGUCCUCAGCUUUAGGUCCUCAAAAGCUGCAGCAUUCUUUGGUGGGCACUCAAGGACCAAGAUCUGAUGAUGCCCAUGACAGCAGAGCACCACCUCCAGUAGAUGAAGAGACUGUGAAAGAAGUGCUUUCUGAGACUCCAAGGCCCAAACCAACACCAUCUUCACCACCACCACCACUCAUGCCUUUCACAAAGCUCCAAGAACACGAGCCAGAAGAUCAAGAUCAAGAAAAGAGAGCCCAAGAACCAGUCUUUGAGAAGAAAAUCAAGCAAGAAGACCCAGAAAAGAUUGAGGAGAAAAUACCCAUUUACAACAACAAUGGAGAGAUCUCAGAGGUAUCGGAGAUUUGCAGCUUGAGUGAGAGCAUGUCCACCACCACCAUUACCAGAGACGACGAUGAAGAGGUCCAUCAAAGGGUCAACAGGUCUCCGAUGAGAAUACCAAAGAACCGGGACCCAAUAGGCCAGAGGAGAGACCGGGUCGUGGGUAAGUCUCCGACCCGGAGAACUGAGUCGUCGCCGGGUCGGAAAUAUGGGCCAAAUGGUAAUAAUGGCGCUGGGUCAGUGAGAUUGGUUCAGAGCAGAGAACCGGGUCCCGGUCAACAGCCACUGUCCCGGCGUGGGUCGAGGGCCGAGUCGAACCGGUGUGGGUCGAGGGCCGAGUCGAACCGGCGUGACCCGGGUGAGAGUUCGGGGCGGAGGUCCAGGUCACCGGCUACAAGGGUUACGGAUGGUGGCGGGGCUAAUAGAGCGAAUGUGGGUCGGAGCCCGUCUGCCAGGAGAUCCGGGAGGUAUCCGGGUCGGACCGCGGUGGGUCAAGUUGAGAGUUCGGGUUCAACCCGGAGAGUUGCAGAGGAGCCUAUGAUGGAGGAGGGUAAGUGGCCCGCCAAUGAGUCUAUUGACAACCCACUUGUUUCUUUGGAAUGCUUUAUUUUUCUAUGA